UCUAUCUUUUAAGGACCAUCAUCACACAGAGAGGAAAAUCUGGAGAUCUGAGUUUUUGGAAUCUCACAAAAGUAACUCAGGUAAAAAUUUUAAAGAACAAAGAAGAAUCCAGAUGAAGACAGUAAAACACUCUGGCAGGUUUCCAAGCAUACUAAGAGCUCGAAGAAGGUGCAAUUAGUCAUGAAACUAAGGGCCAAACAAAACCCAGAGACACCUACAACAGAAAAUUAAGCUCCAGGAGACAGCACUGAGGAAGAAAAACAAGGAAGAUAGGCGUGCUUCUGUGUUGUGGGAUGCCUGGGUCCAGGUAUAAAGGCUGCCCAGGGAGGCCAUCCCCAGACAUCACUGCCUUCUGCCUCGACCUUAUCCAGCCACACACCACCAUGUGCCAUACCAGCUGCUCCUCAGGCUGCCAGCCAGCCUGCUGCGUGUCCAGUCCCUGCCAGCCAACCUGUUGCGUGCCCAGCCCCUGCCAGGCAUCCUGCUGCGUGCCUGUGGGCUGCCAGUCCUCCAUGUGUGUGCCUGUGAGCUUCAAGCCAGCCGUGUGCGUUCCUGUGAGCUGCCAGUCUUCCGUGUGCGUGCCUGUGAGCUGCAGGCCCAUCGUGUGUGUGGCCCCCUCCUGCCAGUCCUCCGUGUGUGUGCCUGUGAGCUGCAGGCCCGUUGUUUAUGCGGCUCUCUCCUGCCAGUCCUCCGGGUGCUGCCAGCCCUCCUGCACCAGCGUCCUCUGCAGACCCAUCUCCUGCGGCAUCCCUUCCUGCUGCUGA